GCUGCAAUGUUGGUUUCUAUGGACCAUCUUGUACAACAUGUGGAGGUUGCCAGCACUGUGACAUUGAAACUGGAUGCCAAUGUGAUCAUGGAUUUUUUGGACAGCAGUGUAACGCCUCUUGUGGACAUUGCAGAAAGCCAGAUGAAUGUCAUCCAACUAAUGGGUCGUGCUUAAAUGGUUGUUCUGAAGGAUAUGAGGGACUCUUCUGCAAUGAAACAUGUUCGUAUGGAUUCUUUGGAGAAAAUUGUCUCAACACCUGUAACGAUACAUGUUACGGUUGCAACAGGACAAAUGGGGCAUGUGAUAAGGGAUGCUAUGCUGGCUGGAAAGGAGAAUUCUGUCAUGAAGAAUGUAAAGGUGGAUAUUAUAGAAAUAACUGCAGCAUGCUUUGUGGGAAAUGCAUAAGACUAGAUCCUUGUCAUCCAGUUAAUGGAUGUGGAAAUGGUUGUUCUGAAGGGUAUGAGGGACACUUCUGCAAUGAAACAUGUUCGUAUGGAUUCUUUGGAGAAAAUUGUUUCAACAACUGUAAUAGUACAUGUUACGGUUGUAACAGGACAAAUGGGAUAUGUGAUGAAGGAUGCUAUGCUGGUUGGAAAGGAGAAUUCUGUCAUGAAGAAUGUAAAGGUGGAUUUUAUGGAAAUAACUGCAGCAUGCUUUGUGGGAAAUGCAUAAGACUAGAUCCUUGUCAUCCAGUUAAUGGAACAUGUUUGAAGGGUUGUGAUGAAGGAUAUCAAGGGAAUUUCUGCAAUAAAACAUGCGAAAUAGGAAGAUUUGGCAGAAACUGUAUGGAAAUGUGUAACAGAACUUGUUACCGUUCUACAUGUAACAGAACACAUGGUAAAUGUGACAAUGGAUGUGUUCCAGGUUGGGAAGGAGAUUAUUGUCAUCAAGCAUGCAGUCACGGUUAUUUUGGAGAAAAUUGUGUCAGUACAUGUAAUAAUACAUGUAAAGGAUGUAAUAGAACAAACGGCGUAUGCGAGAAUGGGUGUCAUCCUGGAUGGAAAGGAGAAUUCUGUCAUGAAGUAUGUAACAAUGGAUUUUAUGGAGAUAAUUGUAGCAGGGUUUGUGGAAAUUGUUUGAGGUCUGAACAAUGUCAGCCAAAUAAUGGGACGUGUGAAAAUGGUUGUGAUGAGGGUUUUGGAGGGAUAUUGUGCAAUGAAACAUGCAUGGAUGGAACAUUCGGACGAAACUGUCUGGAAACAUGUAAUAGUACAUGUAAAGGAUGCAACAGAACAAAUGGUAUCUGUGACAAUGGAUGCCAUCCUGGUUGGCAAGGAGAAUUCUUUAAUGUGAUGAUGGUUUCUUUGGAGAGCAAUGUAAUAGGAAUUGUGGACAUUGCAAAAAUCCUUGGGAAUGUCUUCCUACAAAUGGAACCUUGCAAUGAAGGAUAUUUUGGAGAAAACUGUGUCCACGAGUGUAACAAUACAUGCAGAGGAUGUAACAGAACAAACGGUGUGUGUGAGAAUGAAUGUUUUCCUGGUUGGAAAGGCGAUUAUUGUCAUGAAAUAUGCAGAAGCGGAUUCUUCGGAAAUUACUGCAGUAUGCCUUGUGGACACUGUUUAAAAUCAGAACAAUGUAACCAUAUUAACGGGACGUGUAUGAACGGUUGUUAUGAUGGAUAUGAAGGGACUUUUUGUUACCAAACCUGCGGAAUCGGAACAUUUGGACAGAAUUGUCUGGAGACCUGUAAUUCUACAUGUUAUGGAUGUAAAAGAACAAAUGGUAAAUGUGAAACUGGAUGUCAUCCAGGAUGGAAAGGGGACUAUUGCCACGAAGUAUGUGAUCAUGGAUUUUUUGGGGAGCAUUGCGAACUGGAUUGUGGAAACUGUAAUCAUUUAAAUGAUUGUCACCCAAUAAACGGGACGUGUUUGAGAGGAUGUUCUGCCGGAUAUGAAGGACAAUUUUGCAAUAAAACAUGCAUAGACGGAUACUUUGGAGAAAAUUGUGUGUUCAAAUGUAACAAAACCUGUAAAAGAUGUAACAGAACAGAUGGGACUUGUGACAAUGGAUGCCUCCCUGGUUGGAAAGGAUUGUACUGUCAUGAGGUAUGUGAUCAUGGGUAUUUUGGGGAGCAUUGUAAGCUGGAUUGUGGAAACUGUAAUCAUUUGAAUGAUUGUCACCCAAUAAACGGAACGUGUUUGAGUGGAUGUUCUGCUGGAUAUGAAGGACAAUUUUGCAAUAAAACAUGCAUAGACGGAUACUUUGGAGAAAAUUGUAUGUUCAAAUGUAACAGUAGCUGUAAAGGAUGUAACAGAACAGAUGGGACUUGUGACAAUGGAUGCCUCCCUGGUUGGAAAGGAUUGUACUGUCAUGAGGUAUGUGAUCAUGGAUAUUUUGGGGAGCAUUGUGAGCUGGAUUGUGGAAACUGUAAUCAUUUGAAUAAUUGUCACCCAAUAAACGGAACGUGUUUGAGUGGAUGUUCUGCUGGAUAUGAAGGACAAUUUUGCAAUAAAACCUGCGUAGACGGAUACUUUGGAGAAAAUUGUGUGUUCAAAUGUAACAAAACCUGUAAAGGAUGUAACAGAACAGAUGGCGUUUGUGAGAAUGGAUGCCUCCCUGGUUGGAAAGGAUUGUACUGUCAUGAGGAAUGUGAUGAAGGAUUCUUUGGCGAGAAUUGUAACAAGGCUUGCGGAUACUGCAAGAAAUCUGCGGAUUGUAGCCUAAUUAAUGGGACGUGUUUGAAUGGAUGCUCUCGGGGAUAUACAGGACAGUUCUGCAGCACAACAUGCCCAGAUGGAUUUUUUGGAGAAAAAUGUGUAUACAAGUGUAAUGAUACAUGUCAAGAAUGUAAGAGAACAAAUGGUUCCUGUGGAAAUAUCUGUCAUCCUGGCUGGAAAGGAGAAUUCUGUCAUGAGGUUUGUGAAUUGACUUGGUAUGGGGCUGGCUGUAGUAAGAGCUGUGGUAAAUGUAUGGACGGCGAGACUUGUCAUCACGUCACUGGUUCCUGUAAUAAUGGUUGUGAUUCUGGAUAUCUUGGAAAUAAAUGCGAUAAAAUUUGUGAUUUUGGGUUUUUUGGACCUGACUGUAAAAGUGCAUGUAGUACGUUUUGUAAAGUAUCACGUGACUGUAAUCACGUGACUGGUGCCUGUAAUUAUGGCUGCAAAGCUGGGGUGCAGGGAAACGAAUGUCUACUUGUCGAAGACGGCGAAAACGUCUCCCAAAUGAAGUUUUAUGGUAUUCUGAGCGCAUUUUGUGCCACCCUUCUUGUUAUUGGUAUUUAUGUGUUCUACAAAAUAACGAAAAGGAUGAAAAUUUCUAGAACAUUGACUGACACAUCUUAUGUUGUCGACGACUCUUCCAUUCCUCAAAAGGACGAUGUGUCUUUGAUCAAAAAGGACGAUCAUCCAAUAGAAUUACAUCACAUGAAUCAGAACGCGUCGUUGAAAUUAGAGUUAUCUACUAAAAACGACACUAAGCUUUAGGAAUUUUACUGAAAUGAGAAAUGAUUUGCAAAAGAAUAAAUGCUGGAUUAGUAUGCCUUAUCAAUUGUCUACCAAUACCACAGGAAAAUUUGGCAUGUGCAGUUUUGAUUCAUAUGUUCUUUUUUCAGUCCUAUUUGUUGAUUUUAUUUUAUA